CCGCGCCGGGCGGGGUCUCCGCGCCGCCGCCACGGGCGCACGCGAGGUCGCGCGGACGGGGCCGGGCCGCGGGUGCCGGGAGGUGGCCGGGCCACCCGCGCCGCCGCCCCCCAGCCUGACGCACGGAGGGCCGGGCAGCGAUUUGCCGCGGGCCCGCCGCCCGAGCCGCUCCGCCCCCGGCCCGCCUCCCUCCCGCCUCGCCCAGCUCUCCGCCCGCCGCGCCGGCGUCCCCGCGUCGUCCCCAACGCCCGCCAGCCCGGCCCGCGCCAGCCAGCGUUUGAAAAAUAUUGUGCUGCCUCCUUCUGCCUACUGUGGUGUCUGAGGAGAGGCCUUCUGUCACUUGAAUUGUUUUUCAGAACACCGGAGGCGAGGACAGAAAUGGAGGCCUCGGUGAUCCUGCCUGUCCUGAAAAAGAAGCUGGCCUUCCUGUCAGGAGGAAAGGACAGACGCAGUGGACUCAUCUUGACAAUUCCGUUAUGUCUUGAACAGACAAAUAUGGAUGAGCUGAGUGUCACUUUGGAUUAUCUACUCAGCAUUCCAAGUGAGAAAUGUAAGGCCAGAGGAUUCACUGUGAUCGUGGAUGGCAGGAAGUCUCAGUGGAAUGUGGUGAAGACAGUUGUCUUAAUGCUGCAGAAUGUUGUUCCAGCCGAGGUAUCCCUUGUUUGUGUAGUGAAGCCAGAUGAAUUCUGGGAUAAGAAAGUAACACAUUUUUGUUUUUGGAAAGAAAAGGAUAGACUUGGCUUUGAGGUUAUUUUAGUGUCUGCCAAUAAGUUGACGCGUUACAUAGAGCCAUGCCAGUUGACAGAAGACUUUGGUGGGAGUCUCACUUAUGAUCACAUGGACUGGCUAAAUAAGAGGCUGGUCUUUGAGAAGUUUACAAAGGAGUCUACAUCAUUGCUAGAUGAACUUGCUCUGAUCAACAACGGAAGUGAUAAGGGGAAUGAGCAGGAGAAAGAAAGGUCUGUGGAUUUAAACUUUCUCCCAUCUGUUGAUCCUGAAACGGUUCUUCAGACAGGGCAUGAGUUGUUAUCUGAAUUACAGCAGCGUCGAUUUAAUGGCUCUGACGGAGGGGUCUCGUGGUCUCCUAUGGAUGACGAGCUGCUGGCACAGCCACAGGUUAUGAAGUUGCUAGACUCACUCCGGGAGCAGUACACGCGCUACCAGGAAGUCUGCAGGCAGCGCAGUAAGCGCACACAGUUAGAGGAGAUCCAGCAGAAGGUGAUGCAGGUUGUGAACUGGCUUGAAGGGCCUGGAUCUGAGCAACUGAGAGCACAGUGGGGCAUUGGCGACUCCAUCAGGGCUUCCCAGGCCCUGCAGCAGAAGCAUGAGGAGAUCGAGAGCCAGCACAGUGAGUGGUUUGCAGUAUACGUGGAGCUUAACCAGCAGAUUGCAGCACUCUUAAAUGCUGGAGAUGAGGAAGAUCUUGUGGAGUUGAAGUCUCUACAGCAACAGCUUAGUGACGUUUGCUAUCGACAGGCCAGUCAGCUAGAAUUUAGGCAAAACCUCCUGCAGGCAGCUUUGGAAUUUCAUGGUGUGGCCCAAGAUUUGUCUCAGCAGUUGGACGGCUUAUUAGGGAUGUUGUGUGUAGACGUAGCACCAGCUGAUGGAGCAUCGAUUCAGCAAACUUUAAAGCUGCUUGAAGAGAAGCUGAAAAGUGUUGAUGUAGGAUUGCAAGGCUUACGAGAAAAAGGUCAAGGUCUCCUGGAUCAGAUCUCCAAUCAGGCUUCCUGGGCCUAUGGAAAGGAUGUAACUAUUGAAAAUAAAGAAAACGUGGACCACAUACAAGGAGUGAUGGAAGACAUGCAACUUAGGAAACAAAGAUGUGAGGACAUGGUGGAUGUGCGGAGGCUGAAGAUGCUUCAAAUGGUGCAGUUGUUUAAAUGUGAAGAGGAUGCUUCUCAGGCCGUAGAAUGGCUAAGUGAACUUCUGGAUGCCUUGCUGAAGACCCACAUCAGAUUGGGUGACGAUGCUCAGGAAACGAAGGUUUUACUGGAAAAACACAGAAAAUUUGUCGAUGUUGCACAGAGUACUUACGACUAUGGCAGACAGCUGCUGCAGGCCACAGUUGUGCUGUGCCAGUCUCUGCGCUGUACUUCCCGAUCCUCAGGGGACACACUUCCUCGCCUGAACAGAGUGUGGAAGCAGUUUACAGUAGCAUCUGAAGAGAGAGUGCAUAGGUUGGAAAUGGCUAUUGCUUUCCACUCAAAUGCUGAAAAGAUUUUGCAAGACUGCCCAGAAGAGCCUGAAGCGAUGAAUGAUGAGGAGCAGUUUGAGGAAAUUGAAGCAAUUGGAAAAUCACUUUUGGAUAGACUCACUAUUCCCGUGGUUUACCCCGAUGGAACUGAACAAUAUUUUGGGAGUCCAAGCGACAUGGCUUCUACUGCAGAACACAUCAGAGACAGAAUGAAACUGGUCAGUCUCAAAAGGCAGCAGCUGAGACAUCCAGAAUUGGUGACCACGGAGAGCUAAUGUCCCCAGCUCCCACAAAUCUGCAGGUCAUACGCCCACACAUCGUUGCUGUUGGCAUACUCUGGGGUUAGCCACAGCUCAUUAGGAUGCAUUUCACAGCAGGAUAAGCCUCCUUUCUUCCCACAACACGUCUCUCUAUAAAUGCUAACAUUUCUUGACUACCAAGGCAUAAUCACAACCUGCUUUGAGACUGUAGCCUCCUGGUAUUAUAAAAGAAGGAACUGUAACCACCACACUGAGUCCUUGCUUUCACGCUGUACCUGACUUGUCAGUUUGUAGACGAACAACCAAUACUAAGCUUUGAAUGGUGCUAAUCAGAGUUUAGGAAUUCUCUAUAAAACAUGGCUGCCCUUCCUCCCCAGGUGAUGUAGGAUAUUUAGACCAUAGUUAGACUGUAGUGAAUAGUGGUGUCCUCAAAAUUUUACUUUGUAAUUCUUCAAAAUUGAUUAUUUUUAUUGUCUAUAUGAAGAAAACCCUUCAGAUCUUUGAUAUAUCAUAUUCAUUGAAAGACAUUUUCCUAUUGUAUUCAUAAUGUAUUAAAAGUUGUUUGUGCUUAAUAAAAAUCUUCUUUAAACAUCUUAUUUAAUUUGGUAGUUACAUCCUGAUUCUAAACACGAGUGCCUUACUAAGGGGCAUUCUUAGGAUUGUAAAGCGGGUUAAUCUUUGUUUUUGAUGGUGACUGCAUGUAUUUUAGGCAAGGAUUUCAUGUGUAUGCAUGUGUAUAUAAUAAAAAAUAAGCAUGUUUAUUGUGAAGAACAAUUUAGACCUUUAAGAACAUAAUUAUAGGAUACUAUUUUAAAUUUUUCUCUUGAAAAAAUGGUGUCCAGAAUAUUAAACACCCUGAAGACAUUUUGUCUGUGGGGAGGGUGGGCUAAAGAGGAAGGUAUGCAUACUUACUUCAGUGUAAUCUUUUAUAUCACGGCAGUCACUCUGGAACUAAAGGAGAAAUUGUUAAUAAUAUUUAAUAUCUCAUGAUACUAGAAGUAAAAUCAUCCUGAAGUAUAGUCACAAAAACUGUAUAGAUCUUUAGAAAUAAAAUUUGUCAUAAAAUGGUAAUGCUUUUAUGUUUGUAUUAAGUUAUAAAAUAUAUAUAAUUUAACAUUGUAUUAAUUUUAAUUUUAGAAUAUAUUUUAAGGUGAAAAGUAACUGGGCUUAUCAGUACAAAAUUAUGCAAAGAAUUGUAUGCUGGUUUAUUUUUCCGCUCACAUACCUUCCUAUGCUAAAGCCAGUUUCUCCAGCCUUCUCUGCCAGCCUUGAUGAAUGCCAUCCAUCCUCAUCCUCACUCUGUGAUGCCUUUCAGUCAGCUUUACACCUCUCUUUACAGGAAACGGUCCCUUUGAAAAUCAGCCAUAGUCUUCCAGUUACUGAAUGGAAUGUUUUUGCUCUCUGACACAUCACCUCCUUUUCUCUCUGUUUCUAGUAUCUCUCCGGAACAGUGUUCUAUCCCUCAAAAAUGUGUUCUGCUGCCAUGUGAGGGCGUGGUUUAAGACUCUAAAAUAGGUCUGUUGUACAUGUGCAUUAUGCUGCUGUCCUCAGCUCUGUCUCAUCAGGCAUCCCAUCCCUAGUGUCCUGCAUUUCAUCUCUGAUCCAAAAUACGUGGCUUUCAACUAACUUCCUGUCAUUUUCACCUAAAUGACAGCAUAUCAUACUUGCCUUUUCUUUCUGGAGUAGUUUUGAUUAAUGGUGCCACAGUGUCCAGGG